CGAAAUAGCAACUUCCGCUUGUUGACAUUCUUCCUAUCUCUUUCUUUUCGUCCCUAUCCGAUUGUGGAGAGUGCACACAUUUUGUGCCUGGUUUUUUAAACAGCAAAAACUCGGAUAACUUGCAUCUAAAAUGGCCAAGCGUACCAGGAAGGUUGGAAUCGUCGGAAAGUACGGUACCCGUUAUGGUGCUUCGCUGCGUAAAAUGGUGAAGAAGAUGGAAAUCACCCAGCACGCCAAGUACACCUGCACGUUCUGUGGCAAGGAUGCCAUGAAGCGAACGUGUGUAGGUAUCUGGUCGUGCAAGCGAUGCAAUCGUGUCGUUGCCGGCGGUGCCUGGGUGUACACAACCACUGCUGCUGCCUCGGUACGAUCAGCUGUCCGACGUCUGCGUGAAAUGUAAAGAGCAGCUUGACACAGUAACGGAAAACGAAAUGAUGCAUUCGGGACUACGCGUGAGGAUGGAGCAGUGAAACUCGGGUUUCCAGCAAAGCAAUGAGUUAUUUUUCAAUAUUGUUUUGUUUGUUUGGGAACCCUCCGUCAUAGCUUUUUACAAUUCGCAAGUCUGUCAUGUAAGUCAGAUCGUCUUGUGUUAAUAAAAAAGGAAUGGUUCUGUAAAGAACGAAUGGAAUGGAAACGGCUCGAAAGGAAACAGUGA